CCGGAGCCCGGGCGCUGGUCAGUGAUGGAGUCGCUGCCAUGACAACCCCGGGCAGGCAGCGCCCGGGCGGGCGAGCUCCGAGGCGAUGCUCCCGGCCGGGAGGGAGCGCGCAGCUGGGCUGCUGAAAGUGGGGGCAGCCGCCGGCUCCUGCGCGCCUCUCCUGCGCGCCUCUCGCCUCCCGCCGGCCGCUGCGUCCUCCCCUCGCUGAGCAGAGCCGGGGCCAGCCGGGCUCCUUCCCCGCGCCCCGCGCCCGCCGGAGAGCGCAGCCGAGCCCGGGCGGCUGGAGCGCGCCAGCCUGGCUUUGCCUUGCGCUGUGCGACAGCCGCUAGCACCAGACUCCGCUGCUCCGCAGGGAAGUUUUGAUCUUGCGACAGAAGCAGUUUUUUGGGGGCUUUUCUUUAUUUUUUCCUCCUGCUCCUUCCUUUUCUUCCCACCCCCCCGGGCCCGCUCCUGCCCGGCACCAGCCCGGUUUUGACAGCCACCGCUCCCUGUCUUGCCGGAGAGCCUCACGCGUCCUCCUCGGGUGAUAAACUUUUGAGGCCAGAUCUCCGCAGCGCGUGCCCAGCUGAAUCUUAAAGUAGCGUCUGGAGCAGAGAGAGAUCCGUGACCUUCAUCUCUCGCUCGGCACCUUCCCUCCUCCUCUUCCUCCGCCCCCCCGGUGCUCCCUUCCUCCUCCCUCGCCCAAGGAAUACUGGGGACUCCCUCCGGAUGCUCGGUUCGCCGAGGCUGGAUUGCCAGGGGCGCUGCUAAUCUCCGAGGAGCUCCGUGCCUGCCCUGCGCUCCCACCCUGUUUGCCUGGUUUCCCCCCCGUUUCUCCUGGUUGCCUUGUCGGGUGUGUUUCUGGCCUUUUGGAAAGUCCCCGCUGCCCAGGAUGGGGGUCGGCGGGUGCUUAGUCGUGCCCUGGAGGUGCCUCGUCGUCCUCUGUCUCAGGCUGCUCUUCCUUGUGCCCGCAGGAGUGCCCGUGCGCAGCGGAGAUGCCACCUUCCCCAAAGCUAUGGACAACGUGACCGUCAGACAAGGGGAGAGUGCCACCCUCAGGUGUACCGUGGAUGAGAGGGUCACACGAGUAGCUUGGUUGAACCGUAGCACCAUCCUGUAUGCUGGAAAUGACAAGUGGUCUAUAGACAACCGCGUGGUCAUCCUAUCGAACACGAACACCCAGUACAGCAUCAAGAUCCAUAACGUGGACGUAUACGACGAGGGGCCCUACACCUGCUCCGUGCAGACAGACAAUCACCCGAAGACCUCGCGGGUGCAUCUGAUCGUGCAAGUUCCUCCCCAGAUUAUAAACAUCUCCUCAGACAUCACGGUGAACGAAGGGAGCAGCGUAACUCUCAUGUGCCUGGCCUUUGGGAGACCAGAGCCUACGGUGACAUGGAGGCACCUGUCUGGAAAAGGCCGGGGCUUUGUGAGCGAAGACGAGUACUUGGAGAUCUCUGGGAUCACCCGGGAUCAGUCCGGGGAGUACGAGUGCAGCGCUGUCAAUGACGUGGCGGCUCCAGACAUCCGGAGAGUAAAAGUCACCGUAAACUACCCACCGUACAUCUCCAACGCCAAGAACACCGGCGCCUCGGUGGGCCAGAAGGGAAUCUUGCGCUGCGAGGCCUCUGCCGUCCCUGUCGCAGAAUUUCAGUGGUUUAAAGAAGAAACCAGCCCUUCGCCUUUCUCGCCCCGCAGAUUAGCCAACGGGCUGGAUGGCGUGAGAAUUGAGAACAAAGGUCGAAUGUCCACGCUGACCUUCUUCAAUGUCUCGGAGAAGGAUUACGGCAACUACACCUGCGUGGCCACUAACAAGCUGGGGAACAGCAAUGCCAGUAUAAUCCUGUACGAAAUAAGUGAACCCACAGCACUGGCAGGUUGGUACAGCAUGUUCCUCCCUUCAUUUGCUUGCAACACCCAGACGCCUUUGCCUGUUACGAAUGACGACUGUCUCCUAGAUCAGCCCCAAUGGGCAAGCAUGCAUAGAUUUAAGGCCAGCGAUCUGUUCUAAGGAAGGAUGGCAGGAAGGAACUGACCGGGCACGGAUAUUUCUUCUAAGCAGGAAGGAGCCAGUUUGUAUAAAUACUCAUUAGUCACAGCCGCCUUGGUCCCAUCUUUGCAGAAGUCAAUCUGGCAAAGUGUAUUCCAGUUUCACAGACCCAUGCACAGCUUUGCAGUGCCGGUAUUUUGGAGGGUUGGUCUGCCGUGAUAGAACAAGCCUCUAGUUGUUUUGUAUAAAGCAGGGCAAACUCAGUUCUACAAAUGUAACAGGGGACAUGACAUUCAUUCCGAUAAUCAAAGGGUUUGGACAAAUGACUAUCAGUCAGUGCCAGGGGUCUGCAGAGUUCCUAAACUCCAGCAGGGAGAGGCUGCAGCGUUUAUUUGAUGGGCUUAUGCUUUGAGGACUUCACUGCACAUGGUCAAUUUCAGAUCUAUGAGUGGGUGCAAAUCCAUUGCUAUCAGUACGGUUACACUGUUUAUACCAGGUCAGAUGCUUAUUUGCUUUGUGCAUUUAUUUAAACAACUAAAAACUCUCAGGGCACAUACACAGCAGAACCAAUCUGAAGGCGCAUCUGCCGCAAGUUGGUUGAGGAUUUUGUCUUAAAGGUGACCCGCAAAAGAAAGCAAAGAUUGGAUAUGUGCCCUUUUUUUAUUUCUUUAUGAUAUAUUUAAAAGGCGCUUGGGUUGGGGGGACAUGGGAAGAAGUAUGCACUUGCUUCAUUUCUCCAUUAGAAAGUGAGGUCUUGUGUACACUGUGGCCACCAGAGAACUUGGAGGGUUUGGACAUCACCAAUACUGAGGAAUUGAAACCUGAUUAAUUAUUCUUAUUCUUAUUCUUAUUAUUAAACCUAUUGAACACAAAUGUCCCACAAACAGAAGAAAAGUUCUCUUUGUUAAUUAUUCACUCUUUCAUCACCGAAGGCUGACAAAGCUUGGCAAACUGUUCUCUGAGACCCCAGCAAGUCCUUCAGCAAAAGCAGAGAUGACCAGACUUGAUGUUUCUGCUACUUCUAAUAGCUUAAAACAAACAAUCAAAGGAGCAUAUGCUUGAUGAAUUAAAUACAUUUAUAAGGUUGCCUUUGUACAUCAUAAAGACAUAACAAGGUGCACCAUCCUAAUGUAUAUAUUUUCCCCCUUCACGACACUGUUACAGGGACACAGUCAGUUUGCGAGAAGCCCAGAUUUUUAAUUUGGGGUGGACAGAAUCUUUACAAAAUCUAUGUUGAACAGAAAUCCUUCCAUUAUGGCCUCAUUUCAGUUCCAAUGCAAACAGCUUUAUGGAUUUAGUACAGGGGGGUGGGGCUAUUUGUAAGGUAAACCUUGCACCGCGGAAGUGCUGCAUGACCAGAAGAAAGUGAAGCUAACGCAAAGUCUCCUUGCUAGGUAUAAAAGAGUCUGGUUUCAUUCUCAAACAAAGCUGCUAGAAUGGAAAAAACCUAUAAACUUCUUUGUUUUAUAUCCUCAAAGGGAGUGAUUAUAAACAAUUCUGUAUGUUAUUAAAGUAUAUGAUUUGUAAGCAGACAGUGUCUAGAUACAGUUCCAUUAUCAUUUCUCAUUAAUUCAGUGUUUCUGUUGCAUUUGAUUUUACCCCGGCUGUUGGCUUUACCUCAGUUAUUUUUGUGCUGCACAAUACUUUCCCUCCUGAAGUUCUCCUUCACUUUUGCCUCCCGA